UUCAAUUCGGAACACCACUCAGGCCGUAGCCAAUGAUAUUCCUUUGCAUAGUAGUAUUUGACUAGCGCUGAACCUCCUUGUUCAUCAUCUAGGACUCUCUCUCGCGACGUAUUCUCUCCGAGACGAUAGCUGACUGGAAGGAAAGCUGCUUCCAAGUUGAACAGAUUAAUAGACCUUGGAGAAUCUGCAGCGAGGGGCUUGUGCGAACAAAUCUCCUGCAACGAUAGUUCACUGACCGUCAGCGAGGUUGCGAUUUCGAGGUUUUCCUUUGCAGAACCGCCUUGUGACAUCAGUGUGAUCGUAUUGGAACGACGUUCUUUGUUCUUCACAACGUCAGACCGUGGUUCUCUUUUGUUAAUCCGAUGGGCAAUAAUCCAGUUUCCUUCCAAGUCCGAUUUAUAUAAAACAUUGAACAUGUCGAAACAGUCAGAAUUAACGAUGAAUGACUCGAUCAACAACAUGUUGGUGGUCUCUAGCGUGAGCAACGUGAACCCGAUCAAAAGUUACGAUCCAGAGGCACUUCGUAAUUCAUUCCACUCGGAAAUACGACCCAUACUAGAUGUGUUGGACAAACUCCGAACGCAAGGUAUCACGGAGGAGAACGUGAACAUACCAACGAUCGUGGUUGUCGGCGAUCAAAGCAGCGGGAAGAGCAGCGUGCUCGAGUCACUCGCAGGUAUCACGCUGCCUCGAGGGCAGGGGAUUGCUACUAGGGUGCCUCUCAUCCUUCGACUCCAGUCUUGCCUCUCCGAACAGGAUUCCAAAAUUCUAAUGGAGUACGGAAGUGUCAAAGAAAUGAGAAUCAACUCAGAGGACGACAUCGAAGCAGCUAUCAAUGCCGCUACGGAUGACCUUGCCGGCAGCAACAAAAACAUCAGAGACACUCCGAUUUUGCUGCACAUUCGAAAGCCGGACGCACCCGACCUUACCAUGGUGGAUCUCCCCGGCAUUACACGUGUACCAGUUCAUGGGCAGCCGGAGAAUAUUUACGAGCAGGUUCGUGACAUGAUAAUGCACUACAUAAAACCCGAGGAGAGCAUAAUCCUGAACGUCCUCCCAGCCGAGGUUGAUUUUUCCACCUGCGAGUCCAUCCGGCUAUCUCAGACUGUGGACAAAAAGGGCGUGCGCACGCUGGCGGUUGUCACGAAGGUAGAUAAAGCGCCGGAGGGAUUGUUCGAGAAAGUGACCUCGGAUGCCGUCAGCAUUGGUCUCGGUUAUGUUUGCGUGCGCAACCGCACACCUGCCGAUGACAGCAUAGCUGUGGCAAGGUGUCGAGAGUUAGAGUUAUUUAAUGACCACCCGGACCUCAGAAACAUAGACCGAAGCAUGGUUGGCAUUCCCACCCUUGGGCGAAGGCUCGUCAAGAUACAAUCGGACAUGGUGAGGGGAUGCUUACCUCGCAUCCGCGAUCAAAUACACGAAGCGCUCCAGAAGCGGCGUCAGGAGAUGAGCAAUGUUCCGAGGAGCAUUGACAGCGUUAAUGAGGCCGUCGCGGUCUUCUUACGACUGCAAAAUGAAAUGCUAAACAUGCUCACUCAGGUCGUUCGGGACGGAGACUUCAGUCUGGUCCCCGACGAUUGUACUCUUCAUUACACAGCAAGAUUGCACGAGGAAUUCACGAAAUUUGCUGAAGACCUGGGCAAAUCUGGGCUGCGGCUGUCCCAGCCAUCCCAAACUGACGAGAUUAGGCAGAUGUUCUCGGAGCAUCAGGGAGUGGCCCUUCCCGACUUCCUGCCUCACACGGUCUUGCACCAGUUGGUGAAGAAACAGAUCGAUAGCAUCACCCAGACGUGCAUAUUCCUCGUGGACCGAGUGUUCAAAUAUGCCGCCGAAGUUGUGCUACAUGUUCAAAGUCUUAUAUUUGAAGCCUACCCUCACUUGAGGGACAGGCACCACAAGCUUGCAAUCCAAGUCCUGAAUGAGACCAAAACGACAACUGUGGAGUUCGUCGAGAGAAUGUUGGCCAAAGAGAGAACGGUCAUCUUCACAACGAAUGCCUCCUACUUGGACACUAUCGCGAAGAUAAAUUCUGCUGUGGAAACAGCUCGGCGCUCAAACCAAGCAUAUAUCGAACUAGAUGUUGGACGUAUCCGUGAAGGGCUUAUUCUUAACGAAGCAGUACCUGCGACAGGGUGGUACCGAGAGGCAUGGGAAAUGAAGGUCCGCAUUGCAGCGUAUUCGAAAAUUAUGCACGAACGCCUCGCAGACGAGAUACCCUUGGAAAUCCGCAACGCACUGCAGAGGACGAUAGUAAAUCGCCUUCAGGAGCUAACGAUGAUGCAAGCGUUCUCGUCCCCGGAAGAGUUAGGGACUCUCAUGCAGCAAGACUCGAAAAUCAUCUGCCGUCGCGUCCGGUUGCAGCAAUGCAUCGAUACUUUGGAGAAGAGUCUAAUGCUUGUAUCAGGAAUGAUUGCAGCUUGAUUGAUGCUGCAGGAAUGAUUUUGGAGGAUCAUAGAGUGUAUCGUGCAGUGUCCCAGUCCAAACAGGGCUCAGUGCUCUGGAGAGAAGGAACGAAUGUGGAGGAGUAAUCUAGGACAACAGAAUGACUGACUCUCGUUCAUCCUCCCUCACAAAUAGUGUUGCCGAAUACGAUGAGAGUGUGUUCAUUUCCAGCCUGAGUUUUUUAUUCAGUUUAUGAUUUUUAUAUAAUACAAUUGCUCAUGUACCUGUUAUUUGCAAAAUUGAAGGUCGCUCGGUUGAAACAUGCCCUAUACGGGCUGCACCAAGCUCCUUUUGUUUAAAAUAGUGACAUAUAUGCUUAUCUCAGAAGAAAUCUGAUUCUAGAAGGGAGCACCUCUAAUUCAAACCUC